AUGAAAAAGCCAUUGGGUGAACCGAAGACCGAAGUGGCUCGUGAGAUUGUAUCCAAGUCGUUUGUUCACCCGCUUCUCCGAAAGCAAACAAUCAAAGAUACAGGACCUAUGAUUGCGCCUACCAAUGACACGGAACAGCUUCCCAUCAACUGGGAUGGCUGGCCCGAUGGAUACAUUGAAUUAGACCUCUCCCAUGCCGAGUUUUCGGCAACUAAACAGUUGAUGUAUCAUUGGGCGUACACCGUAUCAGGAGGCUAUAAAUCCGGGCUCGAAGACCCUAAUGCUGAUCGUUGGGAGGACGGAAAGCAAUCUACACGAAAAUGCUGCGGAGUUAUUCUGUGCACCAAUAAAGAUUGCACAAUUGUUGUUCGUCCAAACACCAAGGAAACUGCGUUUAAACAUCAGCUCCAAAAAAAAUGUGUAUGUGGAGCGCGUUUGUACCACGAGAAAUGCGAAAUACGAGCAACUCUAUGGAAGUGGGCUGGUGGUAUCCAUUAUGUUCAUCCUGGAUUUCAUUCCCACCAACGCCUUACACAUAUCCUUCACAUUACUCAAGCAGAAGAAUCUCGCUUCAUCGAGAUUGUAACUGCAAACAAAGACAUUGGUCCUCUGGGCUUAAUCGUUGGAGUCCCGACAAAAAAUGGCCCCGGUGAAUCUGUCGCAGACAUUUCGGAUGUUUAUUUGAAUCGUGAUCGAGUUCAGAAGGAUCGCCUCAAGAUUUGUGGUCGCUCGUCUCAGACUGCUCAAGCACUCUUCCAGGCCUUUACCGAAUUUUCCAAAAAGUUUCCCAACUUUGUAAUCCACUCCGAGUUCAUGAACGAAGUCGUCAUAUCUGUUCAAACAGAUUUCAUGCGCUCGCAACUUGUCAAAUUGGAUGCCCUUGACGAGGCAGUCAACGGUACAGUCAAUGAUGCUGCACACGGUUGGUGGAAGGAACGUCAAUGGGUCUUGAUUAUCUCGUCAACCUAUUGUCCAGUGCUUCUAUGCUGGGUACCCGGAGUCAUGUCGUUCAGCAAUGGGCAAAGCACUCAGCAUUUCAAGUAUCAUUUCAUUGCUGUCUUUCAAAGCAUUAUUCGCGAAGCAAAGGAGAAGGAUAUUCCUGUUUCGCACUCAAUGUUUGCUGGAGUACGUCACUGA